GUUGAGGAAGCAGCAUCCACGGAGAAGAAGAAGAACAAAGAGCGGAAGCGAUACACUUUCGUGUGUCGCUUUUUUACGUGAACUAAAGUUGCAGUUCUACCACAUAGUUCGUUUCCAAUUUUGUGGACUGCAUUUGAAAACACUACAUGGACACCAAGCUGACAUUUCUAGGUUGUACCAUAGCAAAGCGAUUUUGACCCAGAUGACAUCCACACCAAAGGUCCAGUUAGUGCCGCUGCCAUGGGCGGAGCUCCUUCUCUACUGGCUGCUGUCCUUUGGCUCUCAUCUUUACUCUUUUUAUGAACUUUACAGAUUCUCAAGAGAGCACGAAGCGGGAUUAAACAGAGAAUUGCAUCUGGAAAAAGGACUUAUUGGAGGUUUUAAAAGGGAUGCAGCAGACUUUGAGUGGACUUUCUGGACCGAAUGGGCUAAGAAGUCCUUGCUGUGGACUCUGAUAGGUCACGGUGUCAUAUCCAGAUUGUGCAGCAUCUUCUACCCACAGUUUCGAGCAGCGGUGCUCACAGUUUAUGGAUUCUUAGCAGCCAGCAGCGUGUUGGGUCUUAAAGGUGUAGGCGUGCUGCUCCUGCAUCUGGCGUUGUCGUUUACCGUGGCCCAGCUGAAAAGACCCGCUCUUUCAUGGACCUGCAACCUUCUGCUCCUCUGCACUCUUCACAUCCGGCCUCUUCAGGAGAUCCAGAGAGGCUGGUACGACAGCGAGGAGGAGUACUACCUGCUACUCUUCAGCGUUGCCGUGGGAAGCCUUCGCCUCAUCAGCUUCAGCCUGGAGCACUGCUGCCGCCCCUCGGGCCGCGACGGCGCCCUGCAGCUCUGCUGGUUGUUUUCGUACGCCUUCUACCAUCCGUUCUUCUACAACGGCCCCAUCGUGACAUACAACGACUACGUGGAGCAGAUGCAGAGGCCUGCAGAGGAAAGUGACAGGCUCAAAUUAGGCUUCCGCUACUUGUUACUCAGGUCAGGACGCAUCCUGAUAUGGUGGUGCAUUGCAGAAUACAUGAUCCAUGUCAUGUACAUGCACUCCAUCCAGUCCAAUGAGACCUUCCUGGAGAUUCUUCCCCCUUGGGCCUUGGGUGGUCUGGCGCUGGCCUUGGUGCAGUUCUUCUUCGUCAAGUAUUUGGUUUUGUUCGGCCUCCCGUCCAUGUUGGCCACCUUGGAUCAGCUGGUUCCGCCGAACCUGCCUCGCUGCGUCAGCAUCAUGUACAGCUUCACCGGCAUGUGGCGGCAUUUUGACAAGGGUCUGUAUCGAUGGCUCCUCAGAUACAUCUACGUGCCUCUGGGAGGUUCGCAUCACGGAGUUCACUACAAGAUGUUGUCCACAGCGCUGGCGUUUGGCUUUGUCUGCCUUUGGCAUGGCGGCCAUGACUACCUACAGUACUGGGCCCUGAUGAAUUGGCUGGGGGUUCUGAUGGAAACAGGCCUGAAGGCUCUCUUUGGCUCAGCGCUUGUCUACUCCUUUUUUGAGCGGCAUUUCUCUGCGGCAACAAGGAGGCGCUGCGCCGCGUUCCUCUUGGCCUUCUCCACCGCCAUGCUCAUCCUCUCGAAUCUGGUCUUCCUGGGGGGAAUCCAUGUCGGCAGAAUCUUCUGGAAGCGUGUCUUCCUUCAAGGCUGGUCCACCGUGGCGCCGCCAAUGCUGGCCUUCCUCUACUGCUUUGCCCAGGUCGGGCUGGAGUGGACUUCUCACCCGUCGUGAGUCACCUUGACUUUUGCAAACCGGGAACCCGCAAACUCCUGAAUAAAGCAACAGCGCGGCCAAAACCACACGCGGAACCUGGCCGGCGGCCACAGAAGCUGCCCACAAAGCUGGCAGCGGACUCAGAUGGUCAGUACUGUUUUUGACUUUCUUUCUUUGUUCAAAUCUACAUGCUGUAGACCAGGGACUCUUCAUCUUUAGGACCUCGGGGUCCAACUUUUCCACUCAAAUAUUAACACACAAUAUUAGUCAUCUUACUCUUGAUUUCAAUCAUAUUCAAUAACUAUACCUAACCUAUUUACAGUUUAAAACAGGGGUGUCAAACGUACAAGUAUAAAAAUUAGCUGCUUUUUUUUUUUAACGAAAGAAACUCCUGUUCUAAAUGUGUCCACUGGAUGUCACAAUAGCAAUUAUGUUAGGCAAGCAAACGGUUUAUACCGGGGCCAAGCAGGAGGUACACAGUAAAGGGUGACUGAGGCUCCUACUCCUCGCAUACUUGCCAACCCUCCCGAUUUUCCCGGGAGACUCCCGAAUUUCAGUGCCCCUCCCGAAAAUCUCCCGGGGCAACCAUUCUACCAAAUUUCUCACGAUUUCCACUCGGACAACAAUAUUGGGGGCGUGCCUUAAAGGCACUGCCUUUAUCGUCCUCUCUUACCUGAAACCUUCACCGCUUAACAGCCGCAUGCUGUCCAGGCGUCCGCUUUUCCUCCAUAUAAACAGCGUGCCGACCCAGUCACAUAAUAAUGUAGCGUUGGACGGGUUUAACAAUGCUCUUUACUCGAAGAUGUCAAGAAAUGCUGACACGUUGUAUGAUCUUUUAACUGGUUAAAUGAUAACGUUGAUUUCAAGCACACACACACACAAGUGAAUGCAAUGCAUACUUACGUAUAAACAACUUUAACACUGUUACAAAUAUGCGCCACACUGUAAACCCACACCAAACAAGAAUGACAAACACAUUUCGGGAGUACAUCCGCACCGUAACACAACAUAAACACAACAGAACAAAUACCCAGAACCCCUUGCAGCACUAACUCUUGCGGGACGCUACAAUAACAUCUAUGGCUUUUGGAGCUCAGUGCACAACUGCACACACAACAAGAAGGAGACGAAGCAAAAGAACGAAGAAGAGACAUGGCGACGACGAGGAAAAAGAAGAAAUACGCUUGCAAUUUCCAAAAUGAUUGGAAAAAAUAAUUUUAUUUAAUCCAGGACAGCUCGAAGGGGAAGGGGUAUGGUGCCUGCACAUCAACCCCGCCCCCAACACCCCCCAUCUCCCGAAUUCGGAGGUCUCAAGGUUGGCAAGUAUGCCUCCUCGACCCACAUCAAACUUAAAACCUGCCAUUUUAUGUCUUCUGGUUCGAACACAUCGUCAUUUGGCACCCUUACUCCCCCAAAAUGUCUCUGUCAAACACGAGAAAAUUGAACUUAACCCUUUUGAAUAGUUUUUACCUCCGUUUCCUACGGUUUGUUGAGUUAGCAUUGGAUUGAUACGUGGACAUGACAAAGGAGGUAUUUGAUACCUCGAAGAGUGUACAUGUUGUGUUUUUUGUUCAAUCCCAGAAAGACUGUGACUUAAAGUUUAAUCCUGGCUUUGUAGAUACACUGAGACAAAGUCUAAGCUCAUUGUGUUUUUGAAGCUGCACCAAUUUCCUCAGAAUUUUCAACAAACUUGAAGUGUUUCGUCCAGAGGAUUACUUGUGAUUUGUACGUUUUCAGAAUGUGCUUGUUCUAUUUUUGGCCAAAGUAAAACAAAGAAAACAACCUGGAGUUGUCUUUAUUUUUAAGUUAUCAUGCCAUGAUUUUACCCCUGAGUUAAAAUGAGUUUGACACCCCUGGUUUAAGACCUUGUCAAAUAAUAUGAAAGCAUGUGUUAAUCACAAAUCACACAUGAUUUAUUUAUCACAUAAACCUUAGGCUUAGGUCAGGCUGAUUAGGAAAAAAAAACUAACCCAAAUAUGCUGCAUAAGAAGGGACUCAUAAAUAACGACGAAAAAUACAUUUAUGUUGAGCUAAAAUAAAUAAACUAAAUUAUUAAUGAACAUGUUUCUUAAUUAAACUGUCAAUAAAAUUAAAGUCAAAAUUGAAAAUACAGCUUCACCACUUUAGUAUUAUUUUUGUGCCUAAGAAACUUCUCCAUGACUUUAGCUCAGAGUUGUCAAACGUGCGGCCCGCGAACAGGUUUUAUCCGGCCCGCGUGAGGAGUUUGCCAAGUAUUAAAAUGAGCUCCAUUUUUAUUUUUUUAUUGAAAGAAACUGCUGUUCUAAAUGUGUCCACUGGAUGUCACAAUAGCAAUUCUGUUAGGACUAGCAAAAGCUACAAAGUAAAGCGUGGCUGCGGCUCCUCUACCUCGACCAAAAUUAAACUUAAAACCUGUUGUUUUAUGUCUUCUGCUUCGAACACAUCAUUAUUUGGCACCCUUACUCCCCCAUAAUGUCUCUGUCAAAAACGAGAAAACUUAACCCUUUUGAAUAGUUUUUACCUCCGUUUCUUACGGUUUGCUGAGUUAGCACUGGAUUGAUACGUGGACAUGACAAUGAUACUUAGAAGAGGCCACAUGUGUUUUUUGUUCAAUCCCAGAAAGACUGUGACUUAAAGUUUAAUCCUGGCUUUGUAGAUACACUGAGACAAAGUCUAAGCUCAUUGUGUUUUUGAAGCUGCACCAAUUUCCUCAGAAUUUUCAACAAACUUGAAGUGUUUCGUCCAGAGGAUUAUUUGUGAUUUGUACGUUUUCAGAAUGUGCUUGUUCUAUUUUUUGGCCAAAGUAAAACAAAGAAAACGACCUGGAGUUGUCUUUAGUUGUAAGUUAUCAUGCCAGGAUUUUACCAUUACGGCCCACUUGGGAAUAGAUUUUCCUCCAUGCGGCCCCUGAGCUAAAAUGAGUUUGACACCCCUGCUUUAGCUCCAGACUUAUUCUGUUUACUGCUACAAGUGGUGACAAAGUGUAUUACAACUGAGUAUUGCUGCGGCCCAUACGGACCACAGCUGAUACUUUUUUGGCUGUAGAUGACUCAUGCCAGUGUUUAGUGGAGGCUGCACCAGCAGCACACACCAUCUCACUUAUAAAUAAGUACCUUUAAUGCAGAGUAAAUGUAAUGUUUACACUCACAUUAGCGACUCCACAUGUAGUGUAUACUGGGUGACACUAAUAUCAGUAGAUGCAUUAGCCGACACUCUCAGGCGAGCCGCCAGGCUUCUCGUUAAUAGAUGACAUUCAUCCUCCGGAAUGCACGGACUAAUUGCUCUUUUUGCCGCAAAGCAAUUUCCCACCAAUUGGCCUCAAAGAUCUGUAGCUUCCUAAAAAGUUAAACAAAUAAUCGACCUCUCAGUUUCAAAGAAUGUUGUCUGUCGACCAAUAGGAAACAACUACUUUGGGUUGAUUCUGUUUUAAAUGCAUCUAUCUCACGGAAGCAUGUAUCACAGCUUUACAGAUGCCCGAACAUCUGCAAUUCUUGGCUCCCAGAUUUGAACAAAAUGUGUAAAAACUGGAGCUGUCAAUGUUACCGUGGUAACACAUGCAAUUAAUCACAAGAAAAAUACUUGCAUUAUAGAUUAAUUAUUCUUUUUUUAUAGUUACCUUACAGGUCAGUAAGGAUGGGUACCGAAUCCCGCUCUUUUUUUUGGCACUGACCGAAUCCCGCCGGACCUUCCAGGUACCGAUUCACGUCAAAUCCAACAGUGCCAUGUUUCGGUACCUGAGUUCCGCAUGAGUGACGCCUGAUUGGCACUUAACAAUUGCCCCGGCAGCACUGAGCCAAACUAACUUUACGCAAUGUUGCAAUUUUUAUGCCAACAAAGAAAUUGACUCAAAAAACACUCACAGUUAAGGAGGGCUCCACUUUUCCAAAAAUGAUGCUAAUAUACAUUGGCUUUGCUAUUGACAUACCACUGAUUAGCACUAGUGAUGUCAACACUUCCAAAAUUUUAAAGAAAACUACAAUUAAGAUGUACAUUACAAUUAAACAGCUGGUGCGUAAUAAGCACAAUACUUACAGUAUUAACAUUUUGUAGGGCGCAACAGACAGCAAUGACUGAACUAACACAACAUUAACUAUACACUACUGCCAUCUAAUGUCUUGGACUUGCAACUGUAAUUGAGACUGAGGAAGUUCAUAAUAAAACAGGAUAUAACAACAUGACAGCAGUUAUAAUCAGCUGAUUUUUACAUGUUGCAAAAAAAUUAGAUUUUAUUAUUUUUAAAAAAACGAUUAACAUUCAUUACCACACCCAAAAGAACAGAAAAUUGGUAUCAAUUCCUGGCAACUGGGAAUCGAUACCGUAUCGGUUCAAAUGUGAUCGGUACCCAUCCCUGACGUCAGUGAUCAGGUCAAUACGCACGUCAAUGCAAAGAUGAGUGAGGGGACUCCAACUGUUGUGCUCGCUGGCAAAUUUUGCACAAUCAUUGCACCUUUUUUGCACAAUUAUUGCAGGAUCGUUCAAAAUGUGCACCUCGUAAUUACUGUUAGCAAAUUUUGAGCAAAUAAAUCAUGUACAUUCAGGUAACACGUUGAACAAAUGUCGGUGUGGGACA